UAUACGGCACACUUUAUUUCUAAGUUGCCGGCGGGAUUGUUGCGUUUGUUUGGAUUUGGCUUUGAUUUCGGCAAUAUUCAAGAAAUGGAUCUUGAUGCAGCUGGAGCAGCUCAAAGUCCGACGGAGAUGCGUUUUUGCGGACUGGGCACUCACAAAUUGAGAACUCCGUACCGUAAAUUGACAAAUCCGUAUUUGCUGCGUUUUGCCAAAAAGCUUUCCUCUGAACUUAUCGAGGGUUCACUUCUGUGCCGUUCUUGUUAUUCAUCUCUUGUCCGGUUAUAUAACGUUAAGAACGACCAUGCCAAGCAACAUGCUCUCAACAGGGAGGCGGAGAGCAUUUCGGAUGCCAGCAGCAGUCAGCGGGUUAAUUCCUCUCAAGACUCCGGCUCCGCAGUGUCGGUGAUCCCGGCAGGACGGUCCAAGUCCACCCUGCCAGAGUGCAUCGAUCAGCCGCUCAUACGGUCCGAUACUAGUUCCGAAAAUCCCACAGCGGAUUUGUCAAUAUCCUCGUCAGAUGAUAGACCCACCACGAGUGCUGCUGCGGCCAAGAAGAGACAGCGCCAGGCCGAAAAGACCCACAAGGCACCAUCGCCCAAAAGGCCACGCCCUGUAUUGGUAUCCCCGAGCACGGACACGUCCAUCAGUGAUGACUAUGAUGCCAACUCCAAUCUGAGUCUAAACGCCGUGAAUGGCACUCGUCUGCCGCACAUCCAGCCGAUACCAAAGAGGCGCCAGGUUGUGCACCCAAACAAGAAGGCCAUGGACAUAUAUUUGGCUGGAACCACGGGAGGAUAGCUAGAUAGAUGGUUAUCCGAAAGACAACUAAAGCUAUUUGAAUCCUCUUUUUGUUUUGUUUGGAAGCCAAAUUUGCAUUUUCCAUACAAUGUUUAUCUGUUCAAUUCCAUUUCUAAUUCUCAAUCGACAUAACUUUAAAUCCUUUUUUUAACUUUACUGUGUCAUUUAAAAAUUGGUCGAAACAGCUUGUAAAAACCUCAUUCCCUUUUUUUAUAAAUGGUUUUUCUGGAUGAAACAAUGCUGGCAUAUUGUAAUUAAUUUUUGCAAGUUGACUCGUUCUUAACAUAUCAGCGUGUACACAGUAUUUAUUUUCUAUUAUUAAGCAAGUAUUUACUAAUAUGUGCCCAUUAUAGGAUGUGAACUUAAAAAUAAGUUUUUAUAAUAAUAUUGAAACAUGUAUUCCUGCUAGCAAUGAACUGAAGAAUGGACUGAGUUAUUGAGCUUUAAAAAUAUAAAUAGUGAGGUACCUAAGCAUGCUACGGACUAGUCCAAUUAACAACAAGUUUAAUUAUAUUAGAAAAUAAAAAUAUCAUCUGUCAAUAAACAACUCUUAAA